GCUCUAGAGAUCCGGCAUUGCUCGGCGCAGGCGUGUGGCGAGAAAGACGCCUGCGCAGCCAAGUAGAGCCUCCCUGUCCAGGGGCAGUCUACCUCCAGCGGUCCAGCUCCUCCGCCCGCCGGGUGGCAUGGAGCAUCCCUGUCCAGGGGCAGCUCACCUCUAGUGAGAGGCCUCCUCGUGGCCCCUGAGUGGUUCUCUCCUCUCUGCCUCCUUCCCUCCCUCCCGCCGGGCCCGGCCAUGGCCGCUGCUUCGGAGCAGGAGGCACCAAGUGCUGCUGCUGCCUGCUGGGCGGCAGUGCGGGCUCUGCUCCCGAGCACACGGGCCGGGCUGGGGCUGGGAUCGCUGGGGCUGGGGGCGGAGGGGGCCCGCGUGGCGCUGCUGCUGGAGGAGGCGGCCGCCUUGGUGUACCCGGGCGAUGCGGGCGAGGAGUCUCUGGGCUCGGAGAGAGCCCGCCGAGCCUGCCUGGAGCUGGGCGAGCAGGUCUGCGACUACUCUUGGGAGCGGCUGCACGUGGGCCCGUGGCGGGCGGUGAGCGCGGUGUGGCGGCGGGCGUGGGCGCUCGGCUGCCUCUUCCGCGUGCUGAGCCUGUGCCGGGCACGAGGGGCCAGUCGGGAGGCGCUGCGCCUCUGCGACCUGAGCCUCCUGCUUGGCGCGCCUGUCCUGGACGACGUCAUGGGCAGGCUGGUCCCCGUCCUCCAGCGGCACCUGCCACCCGAGGAGUCAGCAGCGAGAGCCCGGGCCGGGGCACCUCCGAGGAAGGUACCAGCUUGCAAAGGGCACCCUUGCCCACCCCCUUCCCGUCUGCAAGAACAGUUCCCCUCUCCAGCCCUCAUAAUCAAAGGUGAGCCUCACUGCAGCUGGAUCAAGCAAAAGGCGAGCCGUCUACUGCAGCCUCCUGUUCUUGCAGGAUGGCCAGCCAGGUGCCCCAAUCGCGUGCCCCAAGGGGAAGCCCCCAGUCCCUCACAAGCAGCACCCCAGCUCAAGAUCAGCCCCCUUCUGCGGUCUCCAGCAACUGGUCCUCAGAAGCAUUGCCACCUCCCGCACAGCAGAGCCCCUUUCAUGGCCAGUGAUGGUCUUUUUCCUUGGCACACCUCAAGGACUGAAGCAGAUUAAGCCUUCCUUUUCCCAGUGUGUGCAGGUGCAGUGUGGCCAACCCACACUGAGCCCCCUGCCAGUGAAACAAGAAGCAGAACUAACCACCUGCUCCUUGUUGCAGAAAAUCCGGACGGACAUCACCCCAGCAGCCCCUGCUAUAGCCCCAGAAACUGCUGUCCCACAGCUUCUCUGCCCAUCGCUGGAACAUUUCCGGGACAGUUACCUAACCCCUCAAAAGCCAGUGGUCUUGGAGGGAGUUGUGGACCACUGGCCUUGCCUGAGAAAAUGGAGGUGAGGGCAAGAGAGCAGGUAGAGGGUGGGUGGCUGCCUCCAGGACAGGGAAAGGUAUUGCCCAAUGGAGGCAGCAUCUGCUGCCAAAUUAUUGGGUGUGGGGCUGGAGGGGCUCCUGACAUCAUGCAUCCUCUCCAGUUUGUCUUCUGUAAGAGGAUGCUCUCUCUGCCCCUGAGCUAAAGGCAAGAAGCCUGUUUUGGGCCUGCAUUCUGUACUGCUAGAACCGCAGGGCUUGAUUUUUGCCUGUGCUCAGUUUAGCUUUUGGCUACCAUAAUAUUUGCCCUGGCAAGCUUGACAGUGAAAUUCCAGGUGGCGCACAGAGGAGUGGAUCAGAACUGGUGCUAUCAGGAAAACACAGCGAAGGAUCAGAAAGGACACCAGCCUGACCUUUCCCUCUGCCUGCUUGCUAUUCAGAUCAAAGUUGCUCUAAGGGAUGGCAAAUAUCCCAAGGUGUAUAAUCACAGGCAGAUUGUAACAGAAGUAACUUCAUCUGUGAGUUACUAGACGGUGCCCUGAGCCAGCCAGGCCAAAUACUCAAAAAAUACACAAAGUGUUGCAAGUUCCCACUGGCACUUCCCCCAUGUAGGAGAGGAAAGAACAAAAAGAACUGUAAGCCACUCUGCCUGAGGAAGAGGGAACGGGGCCUUUGGAAACAGGGUAGGCACAGAGAGAGCCUUGCCAUUGGUUCUUCUUCCUUCGUUGUAGCGUGAGCUACAUCCGCGAGGUGGCCGGCAGCCGCACAGUCCCUGUGGAGCUUGGAUCGCGCUACACAGAUGAGGAGUGGUCCCAGACCCUCAUGACCGUGGAUGACUUCAUCAGACAGUAUAUUGAGAAUGAGGUCUGGAUCUUCUCCCUCCCACAAAACAGCCUGCUGGGAAGAGCAGGACAAAUUAUGCUGGGUUGAAUUUGUGUUAACUCCCUUGUUGUAUUCCGCCCUGGGAACCCAGCAAGCAGGAAAGGCGUCUCCUUAAAUAAAAUAUUAGUGAACUUAAUUUAUGUGAGCACCUGCCAGCCUUUGAGUAACAUGGAAGGCUGCAAUGAGACUGGGAAAGGGAGGGCAAGCCUGGCAGAGCUCCUUGGGAUGGGGAGCAGGGAGCUGACCCUGAUUGGUAAAGUUUGUGGGGUGGGGCUCUGGACUCCCCACCAAAUUGUGUGCUGCUGUUCAGUUGACUUUUCUGUAUGUAGAGGAUUUCCACUCACUCCUCUCUCUCUCUGCUCCCUCCCUUCAAUUUGCAGGACCACAAGGGAUACCUUGCUCAGCACCAGCUCUUUGACCAGGUAAACCAAAGGGAUAGUUCUUCUCGUUCCUGUUUGAUGGGAGGAAACAGAUGCCGGGUUCACCAGAACGCAGUGAAUUCCCCACCCACAAAAUUUCAUAUCUGGGAAUGAUCCAAAGUGCCACCCAUGCCUUUCUGGGAAGCAUUUCUCUGGAAACUCCACCCCAACCAUUCUCCACAGUCCAUGGGAAGAGGCACGUGGGCCAAACAGGUUUCAGAGAUGUGUGCAAAGGGCUGUAAGCAUCACAGUAGACUUCUCCUCUCGUAGGUGUCCAAUCCACCUGGUGGGAAAACUCCUUCCUGACUCUGGGUGGGCUGUCUGCCAAAACCCACUGAGUCACUUCUAGCUACUCAAACUCAUGUUGUUUAAUGCCAGCCAACAUCCUGUCGCCAGCUGUUCUCCUGAUUUCCUGAGGAAGCAGGGGAGCAGGGAACCCAAGACUGUAUUGUACAGCCCACCCCCAACCUGGCCCCAGCAGAGAAUCCCCAUAACAAUUAAUGCUAGAACAUAGGGAGACCUUGUUUGGUUUGAAUGCUGUCCCUUUGCCACCCGCACUAGUAAAGAGAGCCUUGGCUGACGUGCAGGAUCAGGCCUUUUCUGUGCUCUGACCCAUCUUGCCCCUCCCCUUCCAUGAUAGCUGCCUCCUGGCACUUUGCAAAGCCUCUUCCCUUUUCUGCAGGCAUCUGCUUUGCCCAAGCGAUUGAUGCCUGAAUGCCUUUUUCUGUUUCCAUCCUUUGCCUCACCAUCUCUUAUCUUGUGGUCUUGUUUUAAUGGUUGCCGUGAGCCAUCUUUGGAUUAUUUAUUUGCCACUCUUCAUCCGAAGAUCACAAACAAAAUAAACAGCAGGUUUAAAAGGUAAAGAGACCCCUGACCAUUAGGUCCAGUCAUGACCGGCGCUCAUCUUGCUUUAUUGGCCGAGGGAGCCGGCGUACAGCUUCCGGGUCAUGUGGCCAGCAUGACUAAACCGCUUCUGGCGAACCAGAGCAGCGCACGGAAACGCCGUUUACCUUCCCGCUGGAGCAGUACCUAUUUAUCUACUUGCACUUUGACGUGCUUUCGAACUUCUAGGUUGGCAGGAGCAGGGACCGAGCAACGGGAGCUCACCCCGUCACGGGGAUUUGAACCGCAACCUUCUGAUCGUCAAGUCCUAGACUCUGUGGUUUAACCCACAGCGCCACCCGCGUCCCUAAAUAAAUACUUUAAAUAAAUGUCAAGCUAGUGUACGAUGAGAAACGCUUUCCUUUCUAACCAAUUUGCUGCCAGAUCCCAGAGCUGAAGCUGGAUAUUGGUGUCCCUGACUAUUGCUGCCUGGGCGAAGGAGACGAAGAGGACAUCACUGUCAACGCCUGGUUUGGUCCACCAGGGACUGUCUCCCCUCUGCAUCAGGACCCGCAGCAGAACUUCUUAGUCCAGGUAGGGCUUCCGUGACAGCCUGCGGGGCGGGGGGUAAGGAGGGCAGUUGCCAAUCAGAGGCAGGACUUCUGUAUCCUCCUGCCUUUCAAGGGAGGCUGCUUCCUGCUCUAGGGGUGGCAGCAACAACAGUCACCAGAGGAAGCUUCCCUCUAGAAGUUGCUCAGGGAAGGCUCUCUGCAGCCAGAGAUCUCAGCUGGACUGAGGUGCUGAUGGGCUGUCAAGGAGAAGAGCAGAGAGGGAGUGCUGAGAACUGAAAUAGGCACUGGGGCAGGGGAGAGUGCCUAUUGUUGGCCUGCAAACUUUGGACGGGGAUGUCUGGGCUCCUUUUUCUGCAAAUGAGGAUGGCAAGAAGCUAAUCAGUCCCCCUUUGCAGAAAUCCUGUGUGUCAGGGCACACUCUGGACACUGAGCAGAGGAAUGCUAGUUAGAAAAGUUGAGCUCGGAUUAUUGACAAAUAUUUCAACGUUCCUUUCUCCAGGUAAUGGGACGGAAAUAUGUCCGUCUGUAUUCUCCUCAGGAAUCUGAAAACCUUUAUCCACAUGAAGGCCACCUCCUUCACAACACCAGCCAGGUGGGCACCCAGUAAAGUCGGUCCCUCAUAAUGGGGGCUAAAUUAUUCCAUGAAGGAAAUCAUGGAGUUCGCCCUGAAGACAGGCCCCGUAUCUUAGUUCCCAUCCCCAGCUGCAGCCAAGCUCCAACACUCACCUCUUCCUCUUCCCUCCACAUCCUGCCCCCCUCUCCUGUCACCUAAAUUGUAAGCCUCUUGGUGCAAAGAGUGAGACAACCAUGGAUAGUCCUGUCUGAAUUAUAUUAAGACAGCGUUUUCUCUUUCAUUUCCAGGUGGAUGUGGAAGACCCUGACUUGGUGAAAUUCCCCAACUUCAAAGCAGCUGCAUUUCAAGAUUGCAUCUUGAGCCCUGGAGAAGUUCUGUUCAUCCCAGUUAGCUACUGGCACUAUGUGCGGUCCCUGGACAUAAGUUUCUCCGUCAGCUUCUGGUGGUCGUAGCGUCUGCUGGGAGCAAGUCUUCUGCUCAGGGACUUCAGGCAAGAUGAAGGAAGGAGCUGCCAGGAAGCAGCAAGGGUUGUGACACAGUUCAACUGCUGUGGUUGAGGAUCAAGGGCAUCAAUGACACAGUUUUCUGAAGGAGCUAAAAUAGUGACUUGUCCCUCUUUGGGUUUUGUUAAAAAGAGCUCUCUUAAAACUUUUCUCAAAGGACAACAGAAUACAAAUUAAUAUUUAAAUUAUGUGUUGUGAAUUGAAUUGCCUUUGCUGAUGUAGCACAACCUGCUUGGUCAAGGGAGACAGAAAGCUCACCAUUUUGAUUCUAUUUUCUUGGUGGAGGCUCUAAUGGAACUGAUGCACUCAUGACUAGAGCCCCUGCAAUACAUGUUGGGCAAAAGGUUUCUUGCAUUGCAGGUUGGACUAGACGACUCUUGGGAUCCCUUCCAACUCUACAAUUCUGAUUCGAUAAUACUGCUUUACAAAGUCUGAAGGGUUCAGAUCUUGUGCAAGAUGGGCAAAGAAGUCCUUAGUCAUUGCGGAGGGAAGUCUCUCUGUAGAUUCAUCAUGCCCUCACCAACCCCACAAAUGCAAGGAGGGUAAAGCUAUAGAAGUUACAAGCAGGAAUUGCGAUUUCUUUAAAUUUGGGGUUGGAGGAGGGCAAAAGUGUCUGUUUCCCACACAGUCCAGAGUUCAAACUCUGCCUUCUGAAAGUAGGGCUAGGAACAACCCCUGCUGGGGACUGGAGCUUCCUUUGUUCAUGAGAACAUGAAGAGCCUUCUGGAUCAGGCCAGUGUCCCAUCUAGCACAGCAUCCUAUUCUCACAGUGGCUGACCAGACAUCUGAAUGGGACCCAAGGACAAGAGCAAAUCUCUCCUCCUGUGCCUGCCAGCUACUGAUUUUUAGAAGCACCGCUGUUACGAACUGUGGAGGGAGAGAGCCUAGCCGUCCUGGCUAGUAGCCAUUGGUGACCCUCUUGUUUUAGAGCCAUCUAGGUUGCUGGCCUUCACUGGCUCCUGCAGGAGAGAGUUUUAACUAUGUGUUGCAUGAAGCAGUCGGUCCUGAAUCCUGUAACAUUCAGCUUCUUGAGAUGCUCACAAGUUAUGAUGUUCCGAGAGGGUUACGUUAAUCUUUCAAAAACAGAAAGAUACAGCUUUGGGAAGGAGCAGAGUUGAGGCCCAGUCACCCUCAUAAGACCUUUAAAAGCUUUGCCAAAUAUAUGGUUAUGCAUUUGCCAGGAAAGGUAUGUUGUUACAUGAGCUUUGGUAGCUUGAAAAUAAAUAAAAACCCUGUAUUUUUUUAUUUUA